AUGAUCCUCAACAACUGCACCAUCCAUCGAAACGACUACUCUCGAUUUCAUUGGCGAAGGAAAGCCGGUACGACUGAAUCCCCUUAUUCUUCUUCUGCUUCUGCUUCUGCUUCUUCCACAGCUCCUCUCUCGUCUCACUUCGCCUCCAAUCGAACUAGCCCUCGUACCUCCAAUUCUGCCAGUUUCGCCAGCGUAGACGAUGCACUGGAUUCAAUUAACAGGAUGCUCCACAUGAAUCCCAGGCCUUCAAUUCUGCAAUUUAACCGGUUAGUGUCUUCUCUUCUCAGAAUGAAUGCCUUCCAGGCUGCCUCGGAUGUGUUUAAACAAAUGGAACUAGCUGGAGUUCCCCUUAGUAUUUACUCGCUUAACAUGCUGAUUGGUUGCUUCUGCAAAUUGGGUAGUGUGGGUUUUGGCUUCUCAGUUUUGAGCAAAACUUUCAAACUUGGUUUUCAACCUGAUGUUGUCACGUUCAAUACAUUGAUCGAUGGGCUAUGUAAAGUUGGAAAAGUCAUUGAGGCUGUGAGGUUGGCUGAUAAAAUCAGGAUUCUGGGGUGUCCACUGGAUGUGGUCACUUACAACACAAUCAUAUGGGGACUGUGUAGGGCAGGACAGACAAGUACUGGACUUGAAUUGCUCGGAAAAAUGGAAGAGUUUGGGUGUGAACCUGAUGUGGUUAGUUAUAGCACAGUCAUCGAUAGCCUCUGUAAGGAUGGAAUGGUAUCGAAAGCUUUGGACAUGUUUCUCGAGAUGAGGGAUAAGGAUAUUUUGCCAAAUGUUGUUUCUUACAAUUGCUUGAUUUCUGGUUUAUGUAUCUCAAGCCAAAGGAAUGAAGCUAUGAAGUUGUUGAAUGAAAUGAUGGCAAAUAAGAUCAUGCCUUGUGUAGCUACCUUCAACAUGAUGAUUAAUGCUUACUGUAAGAAGGGAGAUGUUCUGGAGGCUAAAGCUAUUGUCAAAAUGAUGAUUGAAAGAGGACUGUUGCCAGAUGUCAUCACUUACAAUUCGUUGAUGGAUGGGUAUUGUUUGCGCAACGAAUUAGACAAAGUUGAACAGUUAUUUGAUUUCAUGGUGAACAUGGGAUGCAAACCUGACGUUUAUAGUUAUAGUGUUAUGAUUCAUGGAUAUUGUAAUGCUCAGAGGAUGGAUGAGGCUGAAGAAUUAGUUAACGAUAUGCUUGAGUGGGAUUUGAAUCCAAAUACAGUUAUAUAUAAUACUCUCAUUACGGGAUUUUUCCGAGCAGAGAGACUGAAAGAUGCACACAGGCUUCUAAAAAAAAUGCACAUUCAAGGUUUCUCCCCAACUAUCGUGACAUAUGGAAGUUUGUUACAUGAUUCGUGUAGGCGAGGUGAUGUUGACGCCGCACUGGCUCUAUUUCAAGCAAUGGAAAAUAGCCAGUUGAAGCCUAAUGUUGUUUUGUAUACCACUCUUAUCGAUGGGUUGUGGAAAGCAGGGAGGGCUCAGGAAGCAAAGGACAUGUUCUUGAGGCUAUCGAAAGACAAUUCCUUACGACCUAGUACCCAUACUUAUAGCGUAACAAUUGGUGGGCUUUGUAGACAAGGUUUGGUAGAUGAAGCAUAUGAUCUGUUCCGAAAAAUGGAACUGGAUGGUUGUCUACCAGAUAGUUUCUGUUAUAACAGAAUUAUUCAUGGAUUUCUUCAUGACAAGGACCCACAUGAAGCAGUGGCCCUUAUUCAGGAGAUGGUCUCUAAAGGUUUCUCCGCUGACACAACCACAAUGUCCUUGCUUAUACAAGUAUUGCCCAAAAAUCAGUUGAAUCAUCCGCUUGUCCAAAAGCUGCUGAAUGGUCCAGAUAUCAACAUUCAGGAAAUAGAGUCUUAA